UGGGUUCUGCUGGUGUCCCGUCGGGCCUCGCGGCGGCGGCGGCGGGAAGAUGGCGGCGGCGGGAGCCCUGGAACGGAGCUUCAUAGAGCUCAGCGGUGCUGAGCGCGAAAGGCCGAGGCACUUUCGGGAAUUUACAGUUUGUGGCGUUGGGACUUCAAAUGCCUUGACCGGAACCGUCAAAUACAGUGAGACCGCUGGAGGCUUCUACUAUGUGGAAAGUGGCAAAUUGUUCUCUGUCACCAGAAACAGGUUCAUUCAUUGGAAGACCUCCGGAGAUACACUGGAGCUGGUGGAAGAGUCACUGGAUAUAAAUCUGCUGAAUAAUGCAGUUCGCCUCAAAUUCCAAAAUUGCAGCCUCUUACCUGGAGGAGUUCAUGUCUCUGAGACUGACACUCAUGUGAUAAUCUUGAUAGUAACCAAUCAAACAGUGCACAGGUUGCUUUUACCACACCCUUCCCGGAUGUAUAGGAGUGAUUUGGUAGUUGAAAGUCAGAUGCAGUCAAUAUUCACUGACAUUGGAAACGUUGAUUUCAGGGAUCCCUGCAACUAUCAGUUAAUUCCAGCCGUCCCUGGACUCCCCCCUAAUUGUACUGCCUCAGCAGCCUGGCUUAGCAAUGAUGGGGAGGCCUUGUUUGCACUACCAUCUGCUGCUGGGGGAGUCUUCGUUCUGAAACUACCUCCUUACAACAUACCUGGGAUGGUGUCAGUUGUGGAACUGAAACAGAGCUCAGUAAUGCAACGAUUGCUUACAGGCUGGAUGCCAACAGCUAUCAGAGGGGAUCAGGGGCCUUCAGACCGUCCACUCAGCCUGGCGGUGCAUUGUGUCGAGCACCACGCCUUCAUCUUCGCCCUGUGCCAGGACCAUAAACUCCGAAUGUGGUCGUACAAGGACCAAAUGUGCCUGAUGGUAGCUGACAUGCUGGAUUAUGUUCCUGUGAAUAAAGACCUUCGGCUCACUGCGGGGACCGGACACAAGUUACGACUUGCCUAUUCCUCUAACAUGGGGCUCUACCUGGGGAUAUACAUGCACGCACCAAAGCGAGGACAGUUCUGCGUUUUCCAAAUGGUGAGCACUGAGAAUAACCGCUACAGCCUGGAUCACAUUUCCUCCCUAUUCACUUCUCAGGAGACACUGAUUGAUUUUGCCUUAACCCCUACGGAUAUCUGGGCCCUGUGGCAUGAUGCUGAGAACCAAACAGUUGUGAAAUACAUCAACUUUGAACAUAAUGUUGCAGGUCAGUGGAAUCCCGUUUUUAUGCAGCCACUGCCAGAAGAAGAGAUCAUUAUCAGAAACGAUCAAGAGCCCAGAGAGAUGUAUUUGCAGAGUCUGUUUACACCAGGACGAUUCAUAAAUGCAGCUUUAUGUAAAGCUUUACAGAUUUUCUGCCGAGGAACUGAGAGGAAUUUAGAUCUUUCCUGGAGUGAACUAAAGAAAGAAAUUACCUUAGCUGUUGAAAAUGAGCUCCAAGAAAGUGUAACAGAGUAUGAAUUUUCCCAGGAGGAGUUUCGAAAUUUACAACAAGAAUUCUGGUGCAAGUUUUAUGCCUGCUGUCUUCAGUAUCAAGAAGCCCUCUCUCAUCCUCUUGCCCUCCAUAUGAAUCCACACACAAACAUGGUGUGCCUGCUGAAAAAAGGGUACCUGUCUUUCCUUGUGCCUUCCUCCUUAGUGGAUCAUUUGUAUCUCCUGCCUGAUGAGAGCCUUUUGACAGAGGAUGAGAUGACCAUAUCUGAUGAUGUGAAUGUUGCUCGGGAUGUCAUAUGUCUUAUAAAAUGCCUUCGGCUGAUUGGAGAAUCAAUGACUAUGGAUAUGUCAGUAAUGAUGGAAAUGAGUUGUUACAACGUCCAGUCUCCAGAAAAGGCUGCAGAACGCAUCCUGGAAGGUCUGAUCACUACUGACAUAGAAAAUGUGAUGGAGGACAUUUGUAGUAAACUGCAAGAGAUUAGGAACCCAAUCCAUGCCAUUGGACUUCUCAUACGGGAAAUGGAUUAUGAGACAGAAGUGGAAAUGGAAAAGGGAUUCAAUCCAGCUCAGCCUUUGAACAUUCGAAUGAACCUUUCCCAGCUGUUUGGUAGUAGCACGGCAGGGCAUCUUGUGUGCAGAGGUGUAUGUAAAAUUGCCAGUAUUCGCUUCCUCAUCUGCCGAGACCUGUUGAUCUUACAGCAGCUAUUAAUGAGGCUAGGAGAUGCAGUGAUUUUGGGAGUUGGUCAGCUCUUUCAAGCUCAGCAAGACCUACUACAUCGAACUGCUCCCCUAUUCUUAUCUUACCACCUCAUUAAAUGGGGAAGUCAGUGCUUGGCAACUGAUGUUCCAGUUGACACACUGGAGUCUAAUCUCCAACACUUAUCAGUUCUGGAACUAACUGACUCUGGUACUUUAAUGGCAAAUAAGUUUGUAUCUAGUCCUCAGACAAUAGUGGAAUUAUUCUUCCAAGAAGUUGCAAGAAAACACAUUGUAUCUCAUCUUUUCUCUCAUCCAAAGACACCUCUGAGCCAAAAUGGGUUGAACUGGCCUGAGAUGAUUACAGCAGUUACAAAUUAUUUAUUGCAGCUCUUAUGGCCUAGCAAUCCCGGUUGCCUCUUCCUAGAAUGCUUGAUGGGAAAUUGUCAGUAUGUACAAUUGCAGGAUUGGUUUUCCUUAGCACAUGAGCACCUAGAAUUAACAACAAUUCAUUGUAAGUCACUUUGUAUUGUUUUAUUUCUCCAGGCACUGGAAUGUUUCUGCCAGGCAGCGUCCGAAGUGGGCAAAGAGGAAUUCUUGGAUCGGUUGAUCCGAUCAGAAGACGGGGAGAUUGUGUCCACCCCCAGGCUGCAGUAUUAUGAUAAGGUUUUGCGUCUACUCGAUGUUAUCGGUUUGCCUGAACUGGUUAUUCAGUUGGCUACAUCAGCGAUAACUGAAGCAGGUGAUGACUGGAAAAGCCAGGCUACUUUAAGGACAUGCAUUUUCAAACAUCAUCUGGAUUUGGGUCACAAUAGCCAAGCGUAUGAGGCCUUAACCCAAAUUCCUGAUUCCAGCAGACAGUUAGAUUGUUUACGGCAGCUGGUGGUGGUUCUUUGUGAACGUUCGCAGCUGCAGGAUCUUGUCGAGUUUCCCUAUGUGAAUCUAGAGAAUGAGGUUGUGGGCAUAAUUGAAUCACGUGCCCGAGCUGUGGACCUUAUGACUCAUAAUUACUAUGAGCUUCUAUAUGCCUUUCACAUCUAUCGCCACAAUUACCGAAAGGCUGGCACAGUGAUGUUUGAGUACGGAAUGCGUCUUGGCAGAGAGGUUCGAACUCUCCGGGGACUUGAGAAGCAAGGCAACUGUUACCUGGCUGCUAUUAAUUGUUUACGACUUAUUCGUCCAGAAUACGCGUGGAUUGUGCAGCCAGCAUCUGGUGCAGUGUAUGAUCGCCCUGGAGCAUCUCCUAAGAGGAAUCAUGAUGGAGAAUGCACCGCUGCCCCAACAAAUCAGCAGAUUGAAAUCCUGGAGCUGGAAGACCUGGAGAAAGCAUGUUCCCUGGCUCGCAUCCGCCUCACUUUGGCUCAGCAUGAUCCGUCAGCCAUUGCAGUUGCAGGAAGUUCAUCAGCCGAGGAGCUGGUCACGCUCUUGGUUCAGGCUGGCCUUUUUGACUCUGCCAUCUCACUCUGUCAGACUUUUAAGCUCCCCUUAACGCCAGUCUUUGAGGGACUUGCUUUCAAAUGCAUCAAAUUGCAGUUUGGAGGAGAGGCGGCACAAGCAGAAGCCUGGUCCUGGCUGGCAGCCAAUCAGCUCUCAUCAGUCAUCACCACGAAGGAGUCCAGUGCUACAGAUGAAGCCUGGCGACUAUUAUCAACUUACCUGGAAAGGCACCAAGUCCAGAAUAACUUAUAUCACCACUGUGUGAUCAACAAGCUCUUAGCUCACGGGGUGCCUCUGCCUAAUUGGCUUAUAAACAGCUACAAGAAGGUUGAUGCCGCUGAGCUGCUCCGUCUGUACCUAAACUAUGACCUUUUAGAAGAAGCUGUGGAUUUGGUUUCAGAAUAUGUGGACGCUGUUCUGGGAAAAGGACACCAGUACUUCGGAAUUGAGUUUCCACUCUCCGCAACAGCGCCGAUGGUGUGGCUCCCAUACUCUUCUAUCGAUCAGCUUCUCCAUGCUCUGGGAGAGAACAGCGCCAACAGCCACAACAUUGCCCUGUCCCAGAAAAUACUUGACAAAUUGGAGGACUACCAGCAAAAAGUUGAUAAGGCAACACGGGAUUUAUUAUAUCGUCGGAACUUGUGAUCCGGAUGGCCGCCUAGCCUUUGUAACCGCUUGGUGCCUCUUAGGGCUUAAGACUUUCCUCUCCAGGAGUCCUGUCCUCCAGGCUGAUUUGUAUACCUGUAAAUGAUGUGUCUGACAUUCAAGGCUUCAUUCUGCGCAGAAGGAGUGUGCAUGAGUCCCAGGACCUGUGCUUGCUGGCGGUGCUAACACACAAUUUCCAGUGUCAACCUUGGUCUCAAAACAGCUGCUUUUGUAUAUGGUUCACAAGCUUUUUUAGAGUUUAUAUUUUUUUAAACUACCGAAGACAUUCUUUAUCUGCAAAUUAAAAGCCACCUUCACUUUCCGAAAUAACUGAUGGUUGUUGGUUUGUUGUAGCUGACUACCAAAAGCAGUCACCGCAAAUCUUUUCAUUCCUCUCUAUCACUUUUUGUAUUUCAAGGGAAUUAUUUUGGUCCAGAACUGACAUGUAUUUUCUGUAUUGCAAACAGAGGCUAAUGGUUUUACGUACUCUUUUCAUUAUUUAUUGUGGAGUUUUUGUAUGAUCUUCAAUAAAGUAUUAAACAGUUUGCCUA